AUGCCGCUCAACAAGCGAAAGGGGGGGAACCCAGAGGUACGCACAGAAAGGGAGGGAAACGGAGCGACAGCGAGGGAGGCUUCGUUGUUCCCGACGAACGGAAGCGGCGGCCGCAGGUGGCGAGCCAGAAGGCGAGCAAGCGUGAGGGAGGAGGCGCGACGGCAAGGAACGUCAGCGGCUGUGGCCAGCGCCGUGCCUGCAGUGCUUGAAACCCGACUCGUCGGGGAGGCGGAAGAAGACAGCGGAAAUACCGGCGAAAGCAACUCAAAGCGGUCCCCCAAGGCGUCUCAGGGCUCCAAACAGACGGCGGACAGCAUGAGUGCCGGCGAACGUGGACCCGACCAGCGAGGAAACAAACACUCGGAAAGACAGAAGGUGGACCCAUGUGCGAGAGCAAGGGCCAUGGAAGCGACCUCGAGCUGGGCGUACGGCAGAGGUGCCGCCAGCGAGACAGGAGACGGAGAGGAGGAGCCGGGAGCAGGAGUGAGCACUUCUCGAUUGGAAGCAGGCAACGUCGGAGGGGCCAUGUGCAACGAGACAGGAGUCCAGAGGACACCAAGCGACAGACACCCUUCGCCUUGUCCAUCUGCCGCGCCCCGUGCUUCGCGUGAGACCGACCUCGUACCUUGUCUGCAUUCACUUCCAGCGUCAACCCUCGCGGCAUCUGCCGGCCCUGCAGCUACUCUCUUCUCGUCUCCUCUUGGAGCGUCCGCCUCCUCUCCUCGCCCUUCCGCUCACGAACCCACUGCAUGCCGCCCUGGGAGUCUGUCACCAGACAGAACAGGCGCCACCUCUUCGGUCCCCGCUUCUUCGUCUCCUCAGUCUGUGCCAUCUUCCUCCCGACCGCAGUUCUCUGGAGGGUCUCCUUCGCCUUCUUUGGCCUCGGCCUUCGCCUCGGCAUCGUCUGCGAGGUCUUCUUUUCCUUUUCGCGCCGCGCCGAAAGACCGCCCACAGCCCGACCCCCCCCAGGGGUGUGAGUGGCCCUCGCCGGGGCCCGCUUCCUCUUCACGAGCUCCCACGUCUUCCUGCAGGCUGUGUCCUGACUCGCCAUUGCUUCCACCCACUGCUCCGGGCACGGAUCCUGCAGCGGCGUUGCUGUCCCCGGUUGCCUCGUCCUCCUCGUCUGCCGAAGAGGAGCCGGCUGUUCUCGCCAGUCUGCGGAAGGAGUUGACCUGCUCCAUCUGCUUGGAGCUUCUGCAACUUCCCGUCACUGUCGACUGUGGGCACACGUUUUGCCGCUACUGCAUCAGCCACAACAAAAUCGAUCGGCGCGCCUGUCCGCUGUGUCGCCAGCCUCUGAGUCUGUCUUCGUCGCUCUCGAUCAACACGGUCCUGGCCAAUCUCUUGACGCUUCUCGGCAUGCGCCGCGGCAAGAAAGGCGGUUUCCCCGCCUGGACCCUCGUCGCCAAAGAGGCAGGCAACGCACCAACCGGAGGCGGGAAAACCGCGAGCGGUGCCUCAAGCGAAAGCCGCGAGGUGUCCGCGACGGGACCCAGCUGCGCCGGUUGCCUGUCAGCCGAACGCGGCGAGGCCGCGACUCACGCAGGCAGCAUCGCGGCGACGGGACAAAGAGACGGAGCGAUUGCCUCCCUCGGCGUUCCCCAGAAGCCGGCCGAGCCAGGCAGUCAACCGGAGCGCUUGGCAGCGCCGCAGUGCGAGGCGCCGUCGGUCCCUCCAGCUGACUCACCUCUCGAUGCCUCGCCCCUCGCGCCCGCCGCAGCAGGCGUCAGUGGAGACGAUUUGCUCGAGCCCGCGGUCGAAGUUCGCGCCCCGACAGCCGAGUGGUGGGCGGAGACCUGUGUGAAGCCGAAGCUGGCGAUGCCGCUCGUGUUGCGGCUGCUCCUCCGUGAGCUCGGUGAGGACAGCAUCGUCUUCUUCGACGACCUCGUCGGCUGCGUCGUCGAGGAGUUCGAGAAGAAGGAGCUGUGGAGCGCACAAAGGUGGCUCUUCACGCUUCAAGACCUCGAGACCUUCGCUCGGCUCGUCCGCUUCGACCGCGAAGACCAGCGGGCCUCGCAGGAACGCAUUCGUUUGUGGGUAGAGGACUACGUGGACGCGAUGCCUCGUGUCUGCUCGCGGCGCUUCAUCACGGACCCAGUCAGUGGAUGCCGCGGCCGAAUCAUGAUGCGCGUGCUGCCGGAUCCUCAACACAAAAUCGAAUCUCGCGUUGUCGACUCAGCCGAUAUCCGCCACUCUCUGCCUUGGGACUUGGGUCGCCACCACCAGUCCCUCAUCCACAUCCCCCACUCCUCCGUCUCCCUGUCGCACCUUCAACUCUUGCCGCAGCCUGGAGCCGAGGCCGACGAGCUCGCCGUCCUCGAUCUGGGCUCCACUAUCGGAACCAUGCUUCUAAUUGAUGGCACUCAUACACUUCAGUCUGGAGACGUAAUCCACCUCGGCGACCGCAUCGAGAUUGCUGUCGAGAUCGUUCCCGCGCGUCUGAUUCGUCAGCUGGCGAAGCGGAGACAGAGAGAGAGAAAGCCAGGCAAGAUGUCAGUCCGCAGCAUUGACGGCCUGGACUUUCCCGCGGAACUGUCUCGUUCUGGCCAAGACGGCGGCGCAGGCGACUGCUGCUGGAGACAGCCGUACCGUCAACAGCUCUCCUCGGAACGAGGGUGGCCGAGCCUCGCGGGAACAGAGGUCGCCAGAGGACCCCACACAAAGGGCGCAUUUCCGUCUUCUUUCCAUCCUAGUGGAGUGUCGGGAGCCGCGGGGGCCAUUGUGUGGCCGGCUGGGAGCGGGGCGGAGACAGUUGGAGACACGGUCGGGAUGGGGCUCGACAAAGAGCGCCUGGGUUUGGCGCUGGGCUUGCCAACGCGCAUUUCCAACGCAGGGCUCUUCGGGGAACCAAAGGCAAAAGGAAGGAGGGGAAGUCGAGGCGAAGGACGGGGAGAAAGAACCGCCAGGAAUGCCACACAUGGCCGGUUGAAGCAGCCGCAGGAGACCCGAGACACGCUUCGAGGCGAGAGGCCAAGCGGGGGGAAACGCGACAAUGAAGAUCGCGAAACUGCCAGGUUGGAGAGACGGCGGCUUCGCAAGCUUCUCGAGGCAGUCCCCCCGAAUCCUUUCCUGGACAUGCAGUGGAUCCGGUCCCGAAAAGAGUGUUUCAGUGUCCCUCGACCGGCUGUGGAGGGCCAAUCCCAGCACAGAGGUGGCACGCGUCAGCCGGGAGACUCAGACUCGGGCGCAGACUGGUGCUCUCAGAGCCAGGUUCGUUCCCAUCCGCUUCACUCAUCGGCUCACCCGCAUCAACGCGAGGCUCGCGCCAACGCUCCUAUGCGUUUUUCUGUUGUGGACCCGGCGACGAAAGACGGAAAGACAGGGUGUCCUUUUCCCUCGCACAUUCCACCUUCGCAUGUUCCGUCCACUGCCUGUACCGCCUCGCCUGAAGAGUCGCGGGGGAGUGGUUGUCGCUCUCGGUCGCCGCCUGAGACUCAGGUCGGGGACAGCGAGAAAGACACGCGGCUUUUUACCCCCUGCGAAGGCUCCACGGGGGCUCCGUCGCGAGCUGAGACGCGAGGCGCGUUGGCGGACGCCGGACGUAGCUCCGCGGGCGGGCACUCGCAGGAGAGACACAGCACGGCGUCGACGGUAGCUCCUCUCUCUUCGGCUGCUUCGCGACGAGCGCCGACGGACGCUGAACCGCGCAGGCGCGAAACGUCUGCGCCUGAAGCCGGUGGAGGCGAAGCGGCAAGGUUUUCGGUUGGCCUGCACCCAGGAGCGAGGCGCAGCGAUUCCACGGACUCUGGCCGCACCUCUGAGCCUCUGCCACCUCUUCCUCGUCUUGGGUCCACAGGGAUGCCCGCGCGUUCCGAGUUGAGUCCAGUCUCCGCAGACGUCGAGCGCGGAGCUGUUAACCGUGUCGCUCCUCAGUCCCAGUACUCGCUGUGUGUGGAAGACCCAUUUACCGGCUCCCGUUGUCUGCCCCUGGAGAGAAGGGACACCUCGGCGCCUCUGGAUGGAGGGAGGGGACACGAAGAGGCCUGGAAAGACCGAACAGGAGAGAGGGGACCGAGCAGAGAGGCCAAGGAGGAGGAGGGUCGAGGCAACCGUCCGACCAGCCAAGUGACCGCGGAUACAGCGUUGCCUUGUCUCUUGCAGUGCCCGUCAGCGCCGCUUUCAGGCGCCGCAAGUGUCUAUGCGGGCACCGCCGAGAGCAUCGCUUUCUCGUCCCCUCGCCGAGAGCUGAGGUCGUCUCUGUCGCCAACGAGCGUCUCGCGAGACCCGACACAAGACGAAGACGUUGCCCGCUGGCUCGGCUCCAAUGAGAGCGAAGAAGAUUUGAGUGACGACAGCUCUGACGAGGACUUGAGCGACUGGGUGAGGCCCGGUGAGACCGAGCCUCUCGACUCGUUCCUUCUUCUCCGGAUCACCGAUGCGCCGACAGCCGGGGCUGCAUCUUCGCACCUCCCUUCUGUCUCUUCAGCUGCGGGAGGCAACAGAUCGCGCAACGAGAACGCGCCGGCCGACGAGGAAAGCGAUGGGCUGGAGGGAGCCGACAGGCAAACGAGCAAGAGCUUGAGUCUUUUGCCGCCGGGAUUUGCCGAGUGGGCGUCUCCGACUGGCGUUGUCCUAGGCAGGGGCCCACACAACCCGCUGCGGGGCUUUAAAAAGAUUGCCGUGACGACGAACAACGGCUACAUCAGCCGCGUGCACUGUCUGAUCUACUACGACGGCUCUCGACCGCCGAACCAGCGCUGGGUACUGAAAGACGCCAGCACACUCGGGACGUAUUUGCGCCUCAAGCCCUUCGAGCCCCGGCCUUGCCCGCUCACGCCUAAAUGCAUUUUAAAAGUCGGCCAGUGCAAAGUGGAGAUUUCGCUGAGGGGUUCGGCUUCGCCGGUUCCCGCGUCCAGAAAUAUCGGGGGGACUGUCUCGAGCGCGGUCGUCCGCGAAAGUCGCGGCGACCCGCCGCCGGCUUCGGGGCCUUCGACCUCGGACUCUUCCUCCACUUCUGCCCGUCCCCGUGCGAGUCACGCCUCCGCACCACCUUCUGGUACUUCCUCUGACGAGGCCUCUUCCGCAUUUUCGUCGAAUCUUCUUUCGCAAAGGUCGUCGGCUUCCAGUCGCCCGUCGACGCCUCCGCGCGAGGGUUUCGCUUCUCUUUUCCGCCUGCCGCUGUUUGGUUCCUCGCAGCCCGAAGCCGCCACCUCGCGUGGUCCGCCGAGCAGCACAGACGCCCGCACCUCGGCGCCCUCAUCGUGUCGAGGAGUCAGCGACAGGACGCGUGUCUCGGAGGCCGUUUCCGCCUCCGCGUCUCGCGCGGUCUCCCCAGUGCAUUCGUUCGUCUCUGGUGCCUCGUUCACCACUGCGUGGGCUCCGUCCCCUUCUUCGUCCGUCGAUUUGUCCAGCAGCGAUGUAGGAUUCGGAAACGGUGGAAGGCGGACAGGUCCACCGACUCGCUGUCCUCGACACAUGGCGCCGUCAAGCUCUUUGACGCGUGCGCCUCCCCUUCAGCAUCUUCUGAGAGAGCCUUCACUGGCGUCGUUGCAGUUGUCGCCUUCGCCUCCCCGCCGCCUCAACUCCGAUCCUCUCCCUGCUGCGACUUUCCCAGCCUCACAUGUAGCCCACGGCGAAACAGGCCCCCGGACGCAGGCGAACACGCGAGGCGCCCAAAGUCGGGUCUACGCGAGUGGCCGAGGGAGCGGACGCGAGCCGUUCCCGGCCGCGCUGCCUGCUUUCUCUCCGCCGUCUUCAGGCGGGCUGCGCGAGUUGACGAUCGCAUCAUCCGCAGGCUGCUCCUCUUCUGCAUUCGCUCCUCCUUAA